AUGAGCGUCACCAUCCUCCACGCGGGGCGGCGCCAGAAGAUCUCGCUGUCGUCGAACCACGUGCCCGUGCACAAGAUCGUCGCCGAGGCCGUGGCGAAGUUCGGCCUCUCCGACGGCGCCUCCUACGGCCUGCGCACGACGCGGGGCCGGCGCGCGGACGUCGACGAGUGCGCGGCCUGGUCGCACACGGGCCUGUCGAACAACUGCGAGCUCGAGCUCGUGAAGAAGACCGGCGGCGGCGGCGCCGGCGGCCCCGUGCGCGUCGCCGUCGCCGUGAGCCACCGCGGGUCCGCGCCUCGGUCCGCGACGUUCGCCGUCGACUCGAGCAGCACGCUCGCGGCCGUCGUCGCGCGGAGCGCGGACGAGGGCGCGGCGCCGCCGGACGCCCUGCGGCGGUCGCCCGUCGUCCGGGCCCUGCGCGACAAGUUCGAAGGCGCCGCGCUCGAGCGGACCCUCGCGUCGCUCGGCUACGGCGCGGGCGCGUCCGUGCGCCUCAACAUCGACCUCGGCGCCGUCGACGAGGGCGCUGUCGCGCCGCCGCCGGAGAAGCGGCCCCGCGACGAGGCCGCGCCGGCGCCGGCGCCCGCGGCGGCGCCCGCGGCGGUCCCGGCGCCGGCCGCGCCCGCGCGCGCCCCGGCGCCCGUCCCCGCGGCGGCGCCCAUGGACACGGACGCGCCGGCGGACGCGUCGCUGGACGCGGCGGCGGACGCGCUCGGCGACGCGCUCGCGGCCGUCGGCGCCGUCGGCGGCGCCGCGGGCGCCGCGUGCGCCGCGCUGCUCGCGCGCUACGUCGACGGCGUCCUCGCGAACCCGAAAUCCCCCAAGCACCGCGCGAUCCGCCGGGGCAACGCGGCCUUCGCGCAGCGCAUCGAGGCCGUCGGCGGCGAGCGCGUCUUGGCGGCCCUCGGCUUCCACGCGGAGGACCGGGGAGGGGAGCUGUGGCUCGUGCUCUGCGACGACGGCGCGCGCGACCUGGCCGCUUUAAAGCGCGCGAAGGCGGCGCUCGCGGCGCUGUGCGCGGCCCCGGCUCCGGUCGCCGCGCCGGCCUUCGACCCCUUUUCGACGCACCGCGUCGACAUGCGGAGCGGCGCGGCGAAGAAGGCGACGGUGCCCUCGGAGACGGCCGUCGAGCGCCGCGCGCGCGAGCUCGGCGACCAGGCGCGGGCCCUCGAGGGCGCCGCCGUCGCGCCGGAGCGGAUGUUGACGCUCCAGUCCGCGGCGGCGCAGGACGCCGCGGCCGCGAAAGCGCGCGCGGACGCGCACUUCGGCUCCGCGGACGACGGCGCGGGCCGCGGCGACUCGAACCUCGUCGCCAAGGCCGCGGCGGCGCGCGAGCGGUCGCGGCGCGAGAAGGAGGACGCGCCCAUGACGACCAAGGCCAUGCGCGACGUCGCGGCCCUCGAGAAGCUCCGCGUCUACGACGUCGCGGCGAUCAAGGUCCAGUUCCCAGACCGCACGGUCCUCGGCGCGCGGUUCCACCCGCGCGAGCCCGUGGCCGCCGUCUACGCCGCCGUCCGCGGCGUGUUGGCUCCCGGCGCGCCGGACUUUGCGCUCUUCGUGUCGCCGCCGAAGCGCGACCUGCCGCCGGGCGGGGGCACGCUCGCGGAUUUGGGUCUGGUGCCCGCGGCCAAGGUAUUCGUCUCCUGGGCGUCCCCGGCGACGGGGCCCUACCUCUCGGACGCGUCCCUGGCGCUCCUCGACGCGGACGUCGCCGCGAGCGCGUUCCCGGAGGCCAAGCCCGUCGCGGAGCGGACGCCCGCCGCCGCGGAGCCGGCCGCGGCGGCGAAGCCCAAAACCAAGAAGCCGUCCUGGAUGAAACUAGGAUGA